UCUGAAGAUCUUUGAGUACUAAUCCAUGGCAAUCUCUCACGUUCAUCCUAUGUUUCUUCUGAUCCUAUCAGUCGCCUUCUUACCUACUUUGCUGGCCCAGAGCUCCUUCUUUACCAACUGCAGCCCAGUGUAUGGCGGAAUCAGAGUUACUGGUAUGAAGGAAUUCAUCGAGCAGGGGAGAAAAAGCUUUAACUUAACCUGCUCUACAGGUACAACACUCACUGAAGGAGUCAUUAUUGCGGUAGUUAAACGAGGCUACAAUUUAGGACCAAUCUUAAAUGCACAACGAUACCAUCUCUGUGAUUUGAUCGCAUGUCCUGUUGCACCUGGCUCUUUAGUGAUUACUUUUCCCAAACUAUAUCCUGUUGGCAUAAAAUGGCAUGUCAAUACAAAAAUAGUCUUAAACGCAGGCCUUGGUAAGAUCGUAAAUGGAGUGCCAGUGCCGGCCGAUGGAAGUCUGUGUGUCGACAUCGAUGAUUAUUAUUUUCCAUGAUCACAAGGAAAUAUUGUGUCCCGUCUUCCCUUGCGUAAUAUCAGAAGCGUGAUUUUUAUGAGAAAAUGUGUUCUCAGCAUUUUCUAUGUCGUUUUCUCUCUUUGGUGUGAUGUACUGUUUGUUAUCCAAGAAAUAAAAAGUGGUU